AUGGAUCGGAUUCGCGCUCUCGUUCACGGACACACGCGUUCCAGAGAAACCAUCAAGCAACGAUGCACUUCGAUCAAGGCUUGGGAACUGCCCAAACAGGACAGUGCCUUGGCACCAGAGUACGUAUGGACCAACAAGGACAUGGAUCCCGUGCCCGUCGAGGACCAGACUUGGACACUCUGGACCUGGAUGGCAUACUGGGCUACUGAUACUAUCAAUCUGGGAACUUGGGAGACCGCCAGCUCCAUCAUCGCCGUUGGCCUUACAUGGCGCGAGGCUAUUCCCAUCAUGAUCGUUGGAACAUUUUGUGUAGCCAUUCCUAUGGUGUGAGUAUCAACUGAAGUGUCAACUUGCGAAUACAGGGCGAGCUUUGGGCUGACCGUCGCAGCCUCAAUGGAGCCAUCGGUGCUGCUCUACACAUCCCUUUCUCCGUCAUCAUCAGGUCGGGCUUUGGCUACUACUUCGCGUACUUCGCCAUCAUCUCUCGAAGCAUCCUGGCCAUGUUCUGGCUCGGUAUUCAAAGCGCCAACGGAGCUCAAGCAAUGACCAUCAUGAUCUCGUCCAUCUGGCCAUCGUACAACGACAUCCCAGACACCAUUGGCUACGCAACCCAAGGCAUCUCCACCAAAGGCAUGAUCAGCUACUUCCUGUUCUGGCUCAUUCAGCUUCCCUUGCUGCUCAUUCCGCCGACGAAGCUCCGAUGGCUGUUCCUGGUUAAGCUCAUCGCAGCGCCCGUCACCGCCAUCGCUACUCUGGGCUGGUGUGUCCACAAGGCCGGCGGAAGCGGCGCUCUCUUCGAUCAGCAGCCUACCGUCUCCGGCAGCAACUACGCUUAUCUGUGGCUCACGACCAUGUCUGCCGUGACUGGCUCGUGGGCUACCCUUGCCUGCAACAUCCCUGACUUCAGUCGAUAUGCCAAGAGCUCCAAAGGGCAAUACAUCCAGUUGCCAUUCCUGCCCAUCAUCUUCACACUCUGCGGCGUCCUCGGCAUCAUCACGACAUCUGCCACCAAGAUCAUCUUCAACGAGUUCUACUGGAACCCUCUGGACAUCAUCACGCAUUGGCAAGCUUACGGACAUGGGGGCCGUGCCGCUGCUUUCUUCGCCGCGACUUCCUGGUACAUCGCUCAAGUCGGCACCAACAUCACCGCCAAUUCCAUCUCGGCCGCCAACGACUUGACCGUCCUCUUCCCCCGCUGGGUCAACAUUUUCCGCGGCUGCAUCAUUGCCGCGGUCGUCGGAGGCUGGGUCAUCGUCCCCUGGAAGAUCAUCAGCUCCGCCGAGACCUUCCUCUCGUUCAUGGGCGGCUAUUCUGUCUUCCUCGCCCCCAUCGCCGGCAUCAUGGCUUGCGAUUACUGGCUCGUCAAACGCCAGAACAUCGACGUCCCCGCCCUCUACGACCCCCACGGCCGCUACCGAUACUUCCACGGCGUCAACUGGCAAGCCCUCGUCGCCUUCCUCCUCGCCAUCGGCCCCAAUCUCCCCGGUCUCGCCUACAGCAUCAAUGCCAACAGCACCAUCACCACCGGCGCCAAACACCUGUACAGCUUCUGCUGGCUGUAUGGCUUCGUCAGUUCCAUCUCCAUCUACUGGACGCUCCACAAGAUCUUCCCCGCUACGGAGAGUCAGGUGGGCAAGACGAUCGACGGGGUGGAAAUCGUGGCCGAGAGGAAGGAUUAUAGCAGUGAUGGGGGGGAUGACGAAAAGCAUCUCGGCCGCGUCGAGGAGAUUCAGCAUGGGGCGGUGGAAGGUGUGGGGUUUGCGAAUGUGGAUCCCUUGCAUAGGGCUAGUCAUACCUAUGAGAGGAGGGGAUCGAUUAGUCAUGUCAAGUAG